CCAGAAAACGUAUUCAAUAAGUCACAGUGUGUGCGCAGUCGGUGCGAAGUAAACUCAAUACGAAGAUACCAAGCAAAUCAAGCAAGCGUUUCAUAUUAAUUUAACAGCAAGACGACUAAAUUUUAAAAGAAUUAAUUGGAAAUAUGGUUCGUACCAGUACUAUCGGUAUACUAUCCGGGAUUAUUCUUUUUUUCUCUUCUGUACUUAUCAUCAUAUCGAAGUACUUAUCUAAGACGGUUAAAAUAGCGAAAGUAUCGGAAAGACAGUGGACCACGAAGAAUGUCAGCAAAAAUGUUAAAGCAUGCAAAAUCACUUUCUCUAAAGAGGUCGUAAAUGAUUUAAAAAAUCGAUUAAAGAAUAGCAGGGAAUGUCGUUAUUCAUAUUGCAUUAAUAAUAUCAUGCGCGAAUUUUUAGAUUACUGGGCAAAUAAUUAUAAUUUUCAAAAGCGUGAAUUAUAUAUAAAUAAGUAUCCGCACUUCAUAACCAACAUCCAAGGUUUAAAUGUCCAUUUUGUCCAUGUAAAGCCAAGUUGUCCGGGGAAUAAACAAAUUUUACCGUUAUUGAUUUUACACGGAUGGCCCAGCUCCGUAGUGGAAUUUUAUAAGAUUAUACCAUUAUUGACUACUCCGAGAUCAGAAUAUGACUUUGUAUUUGAAAUAGUAGCGCCUUCCUUACCUGGAUUCGGUUUCUCUAGUGUACCCACGAAACCUGGUUUCUCGUGUGUGCACAUGAGCACGAUCCUUAAAAACCUUAUGCUAAGACUUGGACACGAUAAGUUUUACGUUCAAGGAAACGAUUGGGGUAUUUUUAUUAAUAAUAUUAUGUCGGCUGUAUUUCCAGAACACGUGUUGGGUAUACAUUCUAGCGCAUGUGUGUUAACAGACAAAGCGGAAAAUUAUUUUUUCUUCUUUGUCUUUGGCGGAAAUUAAUAAACAAAUAAUAUCGUCAAACAAAAUUCUAACGAAUACAAAAUAUUUUCAAACACAACCCGUGAAUCCCGAGACAUUUGGAAUAGGUUUAAACGAUUCACCUGCUGCUUUGGCUGUAUACAUUGUCGAAAAAUUUUUGAUUGGCACUAAUCAGACCAACAUUAAUUAUGAUUUUCUAAAAAAUAUUCUUAUGACGAGUUGAUCGAUAAUUUAAUGAUUUAUUGGACAUCGGAGAGCAUAACAACAGCCAUGAAAGUAUAUGCUGAACAGUUCACCGAACAGAAAAUUGAAUUCUGUGAACAAAUUAUAGAUUCAACACAAAUAAAAGUUCCCUCUGCUUUUGCGCAAUUUUGUAGCGCAUUAUCUAAUUCUCCAACAGCAUUGAAAAAACAAUACACAAAUCUUUUACGUACUACUUAUGCAACACAAGACGUUCAUUUUCCAGCAUUUGAGGAACCAGCAUACUUUGCCGAUAACAUUUGGAGUAAUAUUAACGAUAUGAAAAAAUGGAAUAAUUGUGGUAAUGAAAGCAUGUAACAAUAUAUCUAAAUCUCUUAAUAUGAUGUUUAAAAUAAUUAUAUUCUGAUAAAAUGACA